AUGGUUCUGCAUACUGUUGGCUUUGACAUUGUGUACCCAGAUGGAUGUGCUGAAAUAGACGGAAGUCUCCGACCAGAUGAAUUGAGAAAGCGAAUCAAUGACAUAAAUGCUGCUCUACGGGAUAUGCUGCGCCAAAGUGGAAUAAAGGAUGAUUUAGUGGCGGAAGAUUCUGAAAAUCAACAUUCAGUAACUCAAACUCAGAAGCCGAUUCAAUUAGUCGGUCUUCUGCUGCAUUUGUUGUCCCACCAAUUCACUCACCAUCCUGACAUCGACAUCCGUUUGCGUAUCUGCGUAGCGGUGUGCACUUUACUGAAGCUGUUUUGCCCUACCAAUCCAUUUGAAGCUCUUUCCGAUUCACAGAAUCGCAUUGAGACGUGCUGUAAAUUAGAUGUAUUUACGUGGUGUCGCCUGUUAGACAAUGGCGAUAAGCACUUGCUUAAUUGCUUGAGGACACUGAUAGAGACUGUUAAAAAUAUUUCUAUAUGGGCUUGGUCGGAUGAGGAAACUGUGCGGCAGUUUAUUCUCAACUCACUUGUCACAUUGAUACAUCAAUCUUCCGCGCUUCUUACAAACGACGUUGUGGCAUAUUUGCUGUCCUUCCUUAUCGAACCUGCUAAAAGUUCCCAGCCCAUACAGCAUGGGCUGGUCAAGGAUUUAAUUUUACGAGCUGCUGCUCAGCUCGAGUAUCCCAUUCAAAUGCUUAUCCAAAACUCGCUUGUUUUAAGCGAUCAGAGGUAUGUUUCCACAGAUCUGGACGAGUCGGAAGCUGGUGUUUGUCCACACGACCCACUUGGAGAACAUUCGUUCAUCGUAAUUUACGCGCUUCACACAUUACAGGAAAGCUUGGUGUCUCCGAUUUUACCCUGUGUUGAGCUUAAGUUGAAGUCCAGCAUUGCUCGUGAGAGGAAAAGGGCUUUCCGCCUGCUUGCUCGCAUUUUCUCGGAACCUAACUCCACGGUUCAUCACAAGAACCCCGAGUUGUGGGCUACCUUCCUCUCCAGGUUCAAUGAUAUCGACGCUGAUGUGCGGAAUUUCUGCAUCCAGAUGGUACCUGUUAUGCUGAAGCAGAAUACUGAGUUACCGAGAGGGAAGCUAAUUGACUGCCUCAAGUCUUGUACUAUUGACAGAACGGAAUCUGUCCGUUUACUUGCCCUCAAGAUGGUAGCUACAUUGAUGCGUGAAGCGAAAGGCGAUGAGGCGGAUUCCCUAUUUGACAUAAUCUACAAUCGAUCAAGAGAUAGGUCACUUUCCGUCCGCAAAGAGGUCCUUUCCGAAUUGGCUCUGGUCUAUAAGCAGAACCUUCUAGCCACUGAGCCCAAUUUGGAUAAAAUGGUCAUGACUUUCAAUUCUAUCAUGCACAUGUAUUACCAACCGUCUGUCGAUGACAAAAUAAUAGUUGAACGACUCUUCAAAAGUUGCAUUGUCCCCUACAACUUUGAUACUAAGGAACGAGUUAAGAGUCUUUUCACCUGCUACCAACUGGCGGAUGAUGCAUCAAUCAAGGCUACGCAGGAACUUCUUAAGGUUCAGUUUGUUGGUUCUGCAAUUGUACGAGAGGCUCUUCGCAUAAUCGUUGACCACCAGGGCAAAAGGAUUAUGGGUCGAGCCAGUGCUGAAAUGGUUCGGGUCAUUCAAAAACUCUCCAGUCUACUGCCCAAGGGUGAAAAGGCAAUUGAUCAUCUGAAAAAGUUUUUCAAUGCAGUUCAUUCUGAUCGACCUCUGAGAACCAGCUGCUGUCAACUUUUUCACCCCAAUUGUUCCUCAAAGUUGGCGGCUCAGUGCAUGCAUGACGUGCUGAAGCGUAUUACGUCGCAGUCAGGAAGCGGUGGUGGGGGAGGUGAAAUAGCGCAAUACGAACAUACCGUUAAACUUCUUGUGGAGCGCUGUGCCUCUGUCCUCUUUGACGAGGCCUUCGGUCAGGAGCUCCUUACUCGUCUAGUUGUCUCAAUGGAAACUGGUUCCUCACAGAACUCUGUCAAGGAAGAGGUGAUCGGUCAGGAGUUAGUGAGGGAUUUGAGGAUUCUUCUUGCUCUCUCCGUCUACCACAAGGACACAUUACCUGCGGACGAUAUGUUCCAAUAUAUCAACGGUGUCCUUGAUGCCCAUCGAAGCACCCUCGUUCCCGAUGUUCCCGCUGAAAGCACUUCGACUGAGGAUCCCAGUUCACCGGUUGAAUUAUGUCUCCAAGUUCUAUGUUGCCUCCUUGGUGGUGGUCCAAUCUAUGGCCCAAAAGAUGCAGGUGGUAGUGGGGCCUCUCUGGAGCAGCAAGUGGUUAAUUUUCAGACCUCUUUGGAAGAUGCAGAGGCAUCAGCGUCAACGGAGGGAGAGAAGCGACACAAGGGGGCCAAGCCUGCCACCAAGCGUUCCCGUAGCGCCAGUCUCUUCUACUCUGGCAGUGGAGAGCAGCUCUAUGAACAAACACUUCAAAUCCUUCCAUUUCUAUAUAACUUCUGUACCUCUGGGCUCACCGCCGCCUAUCCACCCAUCCCCAUCGCUGAUAGCCAUAAAUUCACUCCUCCUGCCAAGGCGAAACGUCAGCGCCGGGGAGAAAAAGAUCCAACAGUGGAUGAGGCAACAGAAGAUUUAGUGACCGUGGGUCAAGCCGGUUUGGCGUGGCGUCGGGAGAAGCGACGGGCCAAAUUAUCUGUUCGAGUGCUGCGUCAGCUGCUUUCCGUAGUUCAUGCUCUCGCUGGGAUGCAUUCAACUUUUCCUAAAGGGCCUGUCUCGUCUCUUGAUACUCCGCGUCAGGAUAGCGACGUCAAUGAGGAGGAAGAGGAGGAAAUAGAAAACAAGACGAAGACGAUCACUACUACUGAAAGUGACGGCGCCUUAUUAGCGGAAGAAUGUGAGAAUGAUCUCGAUUCGGUGUGCUCUGAGGCACCUAGAAUGGCGAAUCUGGAGGUGAAGAUUCAGCAAACUCUGGACGACAUCGUAAAGACGUGCCUGGCUUGUGAGAUCACCAGUUCUGACUACAUCGCCUGUUUGACCACUUUAAGUCAUGUGGGUCUGUUGUUUCCGGGUGUGUACAAUCGUCAGUUGAAACCCCUCAUGACGGGUCACUUAAUUCCAAACCUUCUGACCAAAGAUGGAGAUACAGAGACACAAACAACGACAAGAACAGGAAAGAGGGGUGGAAGAAGACAGAAGGCGCCGAUAGAAACUGAGAACAGCAGCAAAGAAGGUGCACAGCCCUCUGACUGGACUCUAGAUGGCAACCUUUCCCUUCUCACUCGUGCAAAGAUAGCAGCGGUGAAACUGAUGGCCAAUUGGUUGGUGGGGCUGAAACUGCAAAAUAAACAGGUCGCCCAGAUCAUCAUUCGUCUCAUUCAUCGUAUUAUCGUGCAUGAUGGUGACUUGACGUGCAACGGCCAAAUGAGCCUUGGUGACAUGUCUCGAAUGCGUCUUGUGGCCGCGACCUCCUGGUUGAAGAUUGCUCAUUUUCAAUUCUACGCUGAGGUUAUUGAAGUCGGUUGGUAUCAGUCCAUGUCCUACGUUAUGUGUGUACGUCUCAUUGCAUUUCCUUCACUUUCACGCUGCCUCGAUUCGCUACCACUUCGUUUUGGCACUGCUAUCGGUCGCUGUUGGUUGUCAAAGCAGCAUAGCAUCUACUCCGAUCAAGAAUUACGAGACUGUCAGUCCUUGGUGACUCAUCGAAUUGCUUUUCCUCUUCCUUGUGCUGCACAGGAUCCCUGUAGCAACGUACGAUCCCACUUCCUUGGAGUGUUGCAUCAAGGACUAAUUCAGCUCAAACUUCCCCUCGAAUACAUGGCCAUGUUUGCCCACGCUGCCGACGUGUCUGAACUGGCCUUUCGCCAACGUGCAAAACAGUUCCUUGCAGCCAAUGUCAAGCAGCGCAGAGAGUUCCUAGCCAAGCAUGAACUUCUCUUUGCUCUUCUGCCUGACUUUGUGUUGGCUUAUACCAUUCACUUGCUGGCUCAUGAUCCAGACUGGGAGAAGCCGGAUGAUGUGACUCGUCUUACCGUCGUGAAAUCUGCACUCUGGUUUAUUAUGGAACCCAUCAUGGCUGGUGGCAACAACUACACUUUUCUGCGACAGUUGUUGGAAAAGAUCAAACAUUCACAGGACGCCCUCUGUCCCACGGACGAGAACAUCAACACAAAAAUCUACAUCGCCUGCGACAUAUCUCUGGGACUUUUGCUCACCCGUUGUACCAACAUAGUGUGGAAAGGGUGCCAAUUUGAGAUAAAGCUGCCGCGUACUCUCUUCCUUCGCGCACCUGCCUCUUUCUCCAACCCCGACUUUGCGCAGCUCUGUCGUGGAGAGGGUGGUAGUCCCCUAGUCACCUUUACACCAUGCAAAAAUGCCAAAGCCGUAAAGGACGGCCUCAUUCCGCCUCAGUUUCUUCGAGUCAAGAAUCCUACUAACAAACAGCGUUCUCAACAACCGCAACAUCCAUCAGUUGGGGACAACUCAGAGAUUGUAGACGAGGGUGAGAGCACGAAGGAGGAGAUAGAAGUAGUGGCACCAACUACGGAAGCGAACAGCGACGGUGAUACCGAUGAUGAGGAUCUAGCAACAUCUGGCCCUGAUAAUGCAUCAUUAGGAGAGGAAAUGCCUGGAGAGAAGCGGCGAAACAAAGAUACCAAGGCCUCGGGUACUGUAAUUCCGAAACGUGUUAAAAAAUCCAAGCAAAAAGAAAAAAAAGAGGUUGGAAAGUUGAGGCAGACCAAGCUUCCUUUUGCGGAGAAGGGCAAAGGCGUAGGAAGUCGUCCGAACCCACGCGUUUCCAAAUCGUCGACCUCGUCUGGCAUUGCUUUGCGGCGAUCGACGAGGCGGACCAAGUGA